AUGAUGAUCAGCAGCAGCACAGCCGCGGUCGCAGUUGCCUCCGUCGACAAACAGCACCACCAACAGUGCCUUCCAUCAACGGACAUUAAAGACGAACGACUGUCAAAUGACGAGGAGUUGGAUACGUCGCCGGUGUCUGACCCAAAGGUGGCCAUGGUUUCCGGCGAUGCAUAUCGUCGGUCCGAAAGGUCACCCGUCACCAUGGUGUCCGUCAACGGCCAUCGUAGUGACGUCACACCUGGGUCCGUAUCCAUCGGUACCGGCGAUUCGUUGGCGGUGUCUACCGCGUCGACCGACGCCGAGGGUGUUUGGUCACCAGACAUCGAGCAGGCGUUUCAAGAGGCGCUAGCCAUCUACCCUCCAUGUGGUCGUAGAAAGAUUAUUCUUUCUGAAGAAGGAAAGAUGUACGGUAAGUGUUCAUCUGCCUUCAAACACUGGACCAAACAUGGACCUGCAGCAGGCUUCGGCGCAAAGUUAAUUUUUAACUGA